UGCAGCGGUGGCGCUCGAAGCGGCAGUGGCAGAGCUCCUGAGAACCAUCCUCCUGUCGCUGCUCCGUCGGGACAACGCACUCUCAGCUUAGUCGAGAGCUCUGAGGGCUUCCCUCCAGGACCAUGCGCGGCGCCGAGAUCUCGCUUUUGCUGUUGGCUCUGGUCCUCUGCCAGGCGCCCCGGGGUCCAGCUGCCCCGGUGUCGACAGGCGCAGGUGGAGGCACCGUCCUGGCCAAGAUGUAUCCGCGCGGCAGCCACUGGGCUGUGGGACACUUAAUGGGGAAAAAGAGCACAGAUGACUCCCAGUCCCUGCAUGCGGCUGACAGAGAUGGCCCGAAGGAGCAGUUGAGGGGGUACAUCCACUGGGAAGAAGCUGUGAGGAAUUUGCUGGGCCUCCUAGAAGCCACCGGGAACAGAAGCCACCAGCCACCUCAGCAUCAGCCGCUGGACAGUCUCCAGCCUGCCUGGGAUCCCAAGGAUGGCAGCUACUUUAACGAUGUUCAAAAUGCUAAGGGUUCAGUUGGUAGACUCUCUGCUCCAGGUUCUCAAAGAGAAGGAAGGAACUGCCAGCUGAAGGGACAAUGAUAAGAGUGGCUUCCAAGGAGCAAACCAAAACCCUUCAGAGACUGCCUUCUGCAAACUUCGACUCACCUGGACCAUCAACAAGAUUUCCUUUGUGCAAUUUACUUAACUAUUCUUGUUAUCUUUCAACUGCAACUAAACUCAUGAUUUUCGAGCAGCAUCUUCUGGUUUGAACUUGUUUCUGUGAACCACUACUUAGAAAUGAAUUAAGCUUUCCAAUGGACGCUUUUUCCAGCUAGGCUUUUUGUUGAUUGGAUCCAGGGCUCCAAUCUGCUACCAUUCACAAUAAAAAGCUUCCGUAAUCACACUGU